GAAGGUGAAGGAAAGAAAGAAAGGCAAAGAAAACUCAAAAACAAAAGCAUGCAUACAUUAGGAGCAAAGCUAGGAUGCAUAUAUAAAGACAAUCGCAUCUGACGUGUAUCUGCUUAUAACUUAUCAGACGUUCUAUCUUCAACAAUGGUAGAAAAUCGCUUGGUCUUGUGUCUGUGUUGUUAUUUCGUUCUGGGAGGUGUUCUUGGACAAGAUGUGACCAAUAGUUUGACGGAAACAGUGACUGAAUCUUCAGACUGGACUCGAUCGCAUCCAGUGGAUUGGGAUACGCAUUCUACUGCUACCAUUCCGGACACUAACCAGGGGACGUUAUUUCAGAAUGAAGCUUACUCGUCACUUACAGACGAAUGGAAGUCAUAUUUAAUUUCUCAAACUCCAUUUGGAGCUAGACUGUCUCAAAAUCGCCAACCAGAAACGGAAAACCCGAGAUCAGAUGUACAAAACACUGGUACUGAAAUUUUAAAUCUAACUUUACCUGAAGAAACAUACCAGCAGUUAUCUCGAAGUCCUAUUGAAUCACCUGUUCUGUCCUAUCCUUAUACGCAAUUCUUCUAUCCCUCCAUGUAUCAUUUAGAGCCAAGUGGAUUAACCAACCACCCUUUUUCUAGUUUAAGCAGAACACCAAACUAUUCUGCGCCUUUUGUGAACCCAUUAUUUUAUGAUACUGCUGGAAGGGAACCGGAAUAUUUGCCGACAGGGAACUUUCCUUUCCCAGCGUAUUACUUUCCAUCUGCUCAGAAUUUAAGGGACGUUGAAAAUGCAGCAUUACCAACAGCAUAUCCUGUCCCUAAUUUCUACUAUCCAUAUUAUCCAACAGCAUCAAAUAGCAAUGAAAAGGUUAACUCUCCUACAAUUAAUGUAUUCGUUAGGCCUCCCUUUACAAACCAAGAAGGAAGCUCGGCAGCACAGGAGGAAAAUGCGGCAGCGCUAUCAUAUCAGCCGUCUAAACCUAUUGAAAGUAACUCUCAAAAAGAAAUUAGACCUGCUGAAGUGCCGGUGUCAGAAGAAUCAUUUCCACUUGAAUCGUUGCCUCCUGCGCAAUCGAUACCAUAUGGGGAAUUUCCAUUGCCUUUUGGAAUAUUUCCACAAGGAAUGUUUCCACCAGCACCUAUUUUUAACACUGAUGCUCUGCCACCAGUUGUUCAAGAGAUACCGCCACAGAGAUUUCAAGAGAUACCACCCCAGAGAUUUCAAGAGAUACCACCCCAGAGAUUUCAGGAAAUACCACCUCAGAGAUUUCAAGAAAUACCACAACAGAAAUUACCUAACACUCCCGUAUUACCAGCUGAAGAAAUUCCAGCAAAUCCUGUUCCCGCAGUAGCGAAUUUAGAAACGGAGGAAGUGCCUUCUGAAUCUUUUCCCUCGACGAUUCCUUUAGAAUCAGUUGCUCCAAAAGAGGUUCCGAUUCCACUUAUACCCAAAACACAAGAACAAAUAGACAAUUCGCAAUAUGGAUUUGGAUUCCUCAUGAAUGAUGGCAACGGCAGCGGACAGUCAAGGCAGGAAAUUUCCAACGGGGACGGAACAGUUAAAGGACGUUAUAGUUACACUGAUCCAUUUGGAAUGUACCGUGUUGUAAACUAUGUGGCCGACAGAAAUGGUUUUCGAGCUGUCGUUCACAGUAACGAGCCUGGAGUAGCAAAUCCAGGAAGUGCCGAUGUGAUGGUCAUAGCAGAACCCCCUCCUCCCCAUGCACUAGCUGAAGGGGCCAAGAAACCAGAACUUAUACCAAUUAUAGUUCCCGAUGAGCCUGUAGACUUAACUGCUCAAGGCUCAGAAUUGAAGGAUCAAAUAAGUAAGAGAUAAGAGUAUGUUUCAAUAUUUUUUCAAACUGGAUUACUGCUAAUGUUUUAUAAGAACUUUUUAUACUUUUGCCAUUAAACCUUAAAUAGUUGUCUCUUGUUACAUAAGCAAUUAACUUCACAUGAUUUUCGCAAAACUUCGAAACCUGAAUCAUUUAAAAUGAGCUUUGUAUAAUAUUGUACAAAAUAUUGAACUGAAAUUCUAGGCUUACAGAAAUAGAUCACAUGUUUCGUAAUUGUUUAUAUUUUUAAUAAAUACAUUUCAUUUGCAUUGUUUUUACUGCUCUUCACAAAGAUG